GUAGCUGUUUGGCUCUAAAACUGGAAUAAGAAGAGAACAGUCGCAUCCACAUAUGAAAACGUCAUCGUGUUUGUAGUAUGAAAUAUCUUAUUGUUACCAGAUCUUGAUUCAAAUGAUGAAGACAACUAAUAUACGAUAUAGCUGGCAACUGUUAACUGUUCUAUUGUUUAAAACAGGUUUUGUGCAUCUUAUUACAAUACGCAAUGACCCUACGAUGAAAGGAAAUUCAGCAAUGCUUCACGGCGAAAACAGGCAGGAUACCUUUCAGAAUUACACGCGUGGAAUCAAAAAUACAACUUAUAAAAGAAUAGGAAACCUUAACCAAGAAUUCCGCCACAGGUCUCCAAUUAAUUCCAACGCACCCCAUUUAACCAUGAACAUUACGCCAAACAAGGUUUAUGAGGGACAAUCUGUUAUACUCUGUUGUACCUUUAAUAGUAGACCGAUAACAAUAGAUUUGUGGUGGGAUCAGAAAAGUUCAGUUCUAUUUUCAAAACAGGAUACGACCGUCCUUUGUUAUAAACUUGUAAACGCCAGUCGUUACAAUAGCGGUGGUUACAGAUGUUAUGCAGAAGAUGGGUUUGGAUUUGUAAAUACUGAUGUUCAACUUAAAGUUUUAUAUCCUCCUGAUAUUUCUGAUCAACAAGUAAAUUUUAACGACACUGAUGUCUCACGGACCCUAUCAUGUCUUGCCAAUGGGGUUCCUGCAAACUAUACAUAUGGUGAAUGGAAGCAUUUGUCAUUCUUCGGCGAACACAUUAGAUCUAUAAAUUUUGCAGAUAAUGGAAGAGUAACUCUGCCUCAAAUUUCAAAAAGAAUCAACAGGUAUCAGGACAGCGGUAUCUACAUCUGUAAUGCGUCAAACGGAGUGGUUGAUAGUACUGGCAAACAUUUUCAGGACGGAAAAAUCUUCGUUAUUGCAAAUGGACCGCCUGUUUUCGUGGAUAAAAUUGAGAAUAAGCAGUAUUGUGGUAUUGGGAAGAUAUUCAAUAUGCAAUUUAUUGUAUAUACCAAAUCUGAGAUAGAAUGGUGUAACGUACAAAGUGAGAAUAAAGAUAUAGCAGCUUCAAUGGAAAAAACAAGUGUGAAUGGUACCACAAUCUUUUAUGGCACCGAAAUAACUGUAGAAGCAACUCAAGUAGUUUUGAGUUUCGAAAUAUCAAAUAAUUAUAACUCUCAAAUUUACACUGUGACACUGUGUAAUGGUUAUGGCAAUAGUAGUUUUGAAGUAGAGAUAGAACCAGUCACAACAGAAGAGAAAGUUAAUAAUGGUACCAAGAUUGCAAGUAUUACCAUUUUGGUAAUUUUGGUAAUGUGUGUUUCUGUUUUAGUAGCAGUAGUUUUCCUGAAAAAGAAAAGAAAACGAGACAGAGAGAGAAGAAUAGUGGAUGACAUACCAGAGUUGGUAGAAGGUCAGCCAGUGCCUGUUGAGAAUAUUGUGUAUCAGGAUGCAAUAGUAUUUCGACCAAGACCCCUUCAAGCUAGUGGAGAAGUCAUUGAAUAUAACUAUGAAACAUACAGUCACCAGGAGAACAUGCGUCCAUUGACAGGACAGUUGAAUCAUUCCGACGUGUAUUUUCAACCGUCUACGUCACACGAUGUUCAGAUCAGAGGUAUUGAAAACAGAACAGUAUAUAGCGAAGUACUUAAUUCAGAAAGAGGUAGUAGUGUCAUCGAGACGCGGAGUAUGUCCAGUAGUGACGAGGAAGACUUUGUUGAUAUUGAGGGUCUUGAAAAUUUCAUUGACAGAAGUGAGGACUGAUUUAGAAAACAUUUUAUAGAAGAUAUCACGAUAACAGACUAAAUGUUGAAAAAUUAGAAAUAAAAUUUCAACAUUUCCAUGGUCUAGCCAUCGACCAUCAAUUGUACUAUGUAAAAAGCAACAAUGAUUAAAUACCAACAGUAUCUUG